GCACAGACAGACACACACACACACGCUUUUUCUAAAUUUUCUCUUCUUCUUCUCUCUCUCUCUCGAUUUCUUGAGAGAAAAAAAAAAUACAAACAGAAACGAAUCUACAGGAGAAGAAAAAAAAACAAAAACAAUGGCGGAUCAGCUCACCGACGAUCAGAUCUCUGAGUUUAAGGAAGCUUUCAGCUUAUUCGACAAGGAUGGUGAUGGUUGCAUUACCACCAAGGAGCUGGGUACUGUGAUGCGUUCACUUGGACAAAACCCAACCGAAGCUGAGCUUCAAGACAUGAUCAAUGAAGUUGACGCUGAUGGUAACGGCACCAUUGAUUUCCCAGAGUUUUUGAACCUCAUGGCUCGUAAGAUGAAGGACACUGACUCUGAGGAAGAGCUCAAGGAAGCGUUCAGGGUCUUUGACAAGGACCAGAACGGUUUCAUCUCAGCUGCUGAGCUUCGUCAUGUGAUGACAAACCUUGGUGAGAAGCUCACUGAUGAAGAAGUUGAUGAGAUGAUCAAGGAAGCUGAUGUUGAUGGUGAUGGUCAGAUUAACUAUGAAGAGUUUGUCAAGGUCAUGAUGGCUAAGUAGUGAUCCUGUUUUGCCAACCAGUUUACCUCUCUCUCUCUCUCUUACAUAUAAUUCUUAUGUUAUGUUCUUAAUAUUUUUAUUCAUGGGACUUCCAAGGAUCUGUUUUCUGGUUGUUUAAGAUGCGAAUGUUAUAUCAUCCCUUUUAUGCUCUAUUUUUGCGUCUGAAACAUUUCUAAGUCUUGUUUUUUAUUUUUGUGGUCUUGCUCUUUUUUGUAAGUUGUAACUUCGUUUUAGUUCGUGGUUUUUUUUAUUAAUGGUCUCUAGUAAAGAAGCAUUGUAUCAUGGUUUUGUGAAAUGCAAAUUCAAUCCUACAAA